AUGUAUUUAUCGUUCAGAAUUCCAUAUACAGCGAAGGAUACGAGGACCCUACAGCUUAGCCGAAUUGUCUUAGGUGGCGAUGUACAUACAAAUCCAGGGCCUUCAAGUAAGAGAAUGCCGAAAAACCCGUGUAAGGAGUGCGAGAAAACUGUUCGGUCAAACCAAGAGGCCUUGUUGUGUGUUCAUUGUAACAGUUGGUCGCAUCUUAAAUGUAUAGGCCUAAGAAAGGCUGAAUUCAAGUCGUACAAGGUUUGCCCUGAAAUACAAUGGACCUGCUCUCUAUGCUUGCUUCCAUUUAGCCAAGAAGAAUGCUUGAAAAAUUGUCUACAAGAAGAAUUUAUUUCGAUAAAUAACAGUGUGGAGGAAGAUGAUUAUGCAAAUAACAAUGCUGGCGAAGCUGUUUAUGCAAAUACAUUGGACGUAAUGAAACCCUGCAUAAGGGAAUCCCCUGGGAGAGUAAUCGUUGAGGAAAGGGAAAGGAAUUCAAGCGGAGCCCUUAUUGUUCAUCUAAACAUCAAUAGUAUACAAAAUAAAUUUGAAGAACUAAAAACAUUGAACAAUUCCCUUAGAGCACAUAUUAUAGUAAUAUCUGAAACAAAAGUGGAUAGUUCCUAUCCCAACAGUCAAUUUAACCUCCCAGGAUACCACAUGUAUAGAGAAGACAGAAAAAAGGGUGGAGGCGGACUGUUAGCAUACUUCUCUUCAGCUCUGCCUUCUAAGAAGCGGGCCCUGCCAAAGACCUACAAGACCCUCGAGGCAAUUGCUGUCGAGGUGAAGAUAGGAAGCAAUGAUUUGUUAGUUCUGUCAAUCUACAGGCCCCCAAAACAGAAAAGGAAGGGAAACGAGUCCAGCCUCCAGGAUCUUAAAAGUGUUGAGGAGGAGCUUAACCACAUCUGUCAGUGGGCGUGUUUCCAAAUGCAGUCUGUCAUCAUUUUAGGUGACCUUAAUCUGGACAGAUUGAGAUUGGAUCGUGCUGAGGGGAAACUUCUGAAGGACCUGGAAGAAGUCAAUAAUCUACAGUGCAUGAUAACUGAACCAACUCGAGUUACAGCUCACUCGGAGUCACUUUUGGACGUUAUUCUAACCAACAAUCCUGAACUGUUCAAGAAAUGUGGGGUUUAUCAGCCAGAAAUGAGUGACCACCAUAUGGUGUUUGGAGAAAUGAUGGAGAAAGUCCACAAACACAAGACUCGCACUACCACUUUCCGGCCGCCAAAAAGUACUGAUUUCGAACAGCUUAACCGGGACUUGAAGGCUGCCCCCUGGCAUGUAGGAGAGACUUUUUGUAAUGUGGACGAUCAAUAUGAUUAUUGGAAGGGACUAUUUGAGAGCGUUGUGGAUCAACACGCACCCACUAAAAAGAAACGAGUCAGGGAGAAAGAUAUACCCUAUAUGACUCCAGAAUGGAAGCAAGCCAUUAGAGAUAAGAGAAAAUUUGCAGUUCAAUUUGCAAAGGAUCGCUCUCCUGAAAACUUUGAGCUCAAACUGCCAUUCAUCAGUACAAAGACAAAAGACACCAAUGCUAUAUGUUUGAAAUCUGAAGAUGGCGAGGUCGAGAAAGACCAAGCUGUGGUGGCUGAACUCCUAGCAGGCCAUUUUAAUACGGUGGCAGCGAAUAUAGGAGGCAACCAUAUCACCAGCCUAACCGAGAAUGAUCAUAGGAACCACAGUAGUGUCAAGGCUAUUGAAAGUGGUUACAAGGGGAAUAAAUUUGAUUUCAAAGAAUUUAACAAAGAGGAAGCGCAGUGUGCUCUUAAAAAUCUUAAUGUAAGAAAGUCGUAUGGGUGGGAUGUGACAGCACCACCAAAACUCUUUAAGGGAGUGGCUGAAGGAAUUGCACCAUCCCUGACUAGACUUUACAAUAACUGUAUUGACUUAGGCGAGUGGCCAUCUGAAUGA